AUGGCCAACAUCACCAUGUACGGCGAUUGCUCCAAGAAAUCCAUCAUCACCGGCAGCAAGAACAUCGCCGACGGCGUCAGGAUAUGGAAGACAGCCACCUUCGCGGUGGACAGCGACCGGUUCACGGCGAUGAGGCUGGGGAUACGGAACACGGCGGGGGAGGAGAAGCAGCAGACGUUGGCGCUACGGGUGAAGGCGGACAAGAGCAUCUUUUUCAACUGCCGGAUCGAGGGGAACCAGGACACGCUGUUCGCGCAGGCCUACCGCCAGUUCUACCGGAGCUGCGUCAUCCUCGUCAAGCCUUCGCUCCCGGGAAAACCCACCGUGGUGACUGCGCACGGGCGUCGCGACCGGCAACAGACCACGGGGUUCGUGGUGCACCACAGCCAGGUGGUGGCCGCUGCACCGCCCGCCGCCUUCGCCCGCCCGCGCGCCGCUCGCCUGCGCCCACCGGGCGCCGCCCGUGGAGAAGAUAGGUGA